AUACGGCAGUGAAGGUUGGAAAUAGUUCCUCUCUCCGCUACUACGACUACCUGUAAGGGAGGCCAUGUGAGCUGCUUGGUUGAGGUGUGAUCCUAACUCUUUUGUCUUCGAUCUGCUUGAUUGUUCUCUCUCAGUACUAAGAUGGGUAAAUGCACAGGCUGUGGGAAAUUGGGGAGAAUGGUAUCAAUGGACGUGUCUGUGAAUGCUUACCGUUUUACUCUUCUUCUAUCUCCUGUUGUUUCUGUAUGGGAUUGCAUAGUUCGUAAGAUGAGAUAUUCCUUUAGACCUGAGUGGGUGUAGGUGUGGGCUUGUUGAUCUUACAUGAUUUCCUUACCUUGAAACUUAAUAUAAGUUAGUUUUUAAUGUCAGCAAAAAUUUGUUAUUAGAAAAUGUACACUUCUAGUGGAGUUUUUAAGAAGAAAAGUUGAUGUGGUAGGAUUGAUUGCUUAUAGAGUUGUUGUGUUCAUGGAUAAUAUGGCAUGCGUUCAAGUUCCAUCCGUUGUUAGGAAGGAAAAAAAGAAGCAGGGAAAAGAUGAGCUUGAUCGUCAAAAACAGGCUGAGAAGAAAAGGAGGCGCUUGGAGAAAGCACUGGCCAAUUCUGCUGCCAUACGGUCUGAGCUAGAGAAGAAGAAGCAGAAAAAGAAGGAAGAACAGCAACGCCUUGAUGAAGAAGGUGCUGCAAUAGCUGAGGCAGUUGCUCUGCAUGUCCUCGUAGGUGAAGACUCGGACGAUCCAUGUAAAAUCAUGCUGAAAAAGGAUGAAGGGUUUAACCCUUGGGGUCAUGCAUCCAAUAUUGGUCUUUUCAUGGGAGGACGGAAGACAGGCCUUCCCCGUCAGGGCAUUUCAAAGCAUUGUCUUGGAGGAUUAGCAUGGGUGCCUGAUGCAUAUGUGCCUGGGUGCAGGUGGAGUGAUUGGGAGAUUGGUAGCUGGGCAUUGUCGCCUGGAGUUUUCAGUAGAGAUCUUGCUGCACCAUAUUUUGGGGAGAAAGGGCGAGGAACAACUGAAAUGUCUGCUGAGCUAAUUGCAGCACAAGCAGUUUCGUCGCUUCAAAUUGCUGAAGAUACUCGCUCAGAUGCAAUUUUCAUAAAUGAAUGGAAUGCUAGAGACCAAGUUUAAGGAGUACAAGUAACCAGGUCCCAUCUCUGUAAAGAGGUUUGAUUGUAGUUUCCAAUAAUGACUUGUAUAUAAUAUGGUUAAUAUAUCCUUGUUUUUUAGAUUCAGGUCUUGCUCCCUCAGUAUUGAACAUCAUUGUAGUGUCUUAUUUUGGAGUAUUUCAUCUUUUUCGUUUUAAG